AUGGAAGUCCAGGCAGUUUUUUUCGGAACGUUUGCAGGGGUUCUUCUUCUGAACUUUCAUGUUCUUGUGAAUAAGUCUGACCUCAAGAAGGGUGGUGCCUUGUUGUGGAGCUUACUGUGGCGCGCCAUUUCUCCCACGGUCUUGGAGGAGGAGAUACAGAAACAGCGAGUGGAAGAUGAACUUCACAAAAUGCGGUUGUGGGUCUUCACGCAGAAAAACAGCUUUGCGAUUCACAUUGACUUGUUUAUGAUCCUGCGCAUGUGCUGGAAGAUUGUGCACCAGUUUGAGGAAGUCACCAUCUUUGAUGCCUGUGAGAGUGCGGCUCCCUAUAUGUUCUUCACCUUUUUUCAUAGUCUCCAGAUGAUUGAGAUGAAGCAUAUGUGGAGGGUCUAUCAACUCACCGUGUUGAGUACACACACGUUGUUGGCAUUUUUCAGGCCCAGUGAGGUCGGCAUUGACACUGGAGCAAAAUAUCAGGUGGUGUCAUUGAUUGCACUUUCCUCAUCCAUGCUGGAUUCUCGAGUGUCACUACCUUUUUGCUGUCUGGAGGGGCUGGUAAAUGUUUACAAGGCUUGGAAAUCUUAUGGUGACGCUGCGAGCUACACUUCCCUACUGCUGGAUGAAGUGGCCAUUUGCGGACUUAGUUGCAUUUUAGUAGUUGUGAUCGAACGCCUUGCUAAGCUACACAUUGAGAGUCGGCUGGAAUCUGGAGACUAUUCAUGCAGGCUGACUGGCUUUCGGUCUGUGCUGCGAGGAGUGUCUGAUGGAGAUAUCUUGCUUGCCAACAAGACUUUGGUUGAUAUGACCUUCCACAAAAGAAGUUUUUCCCGGGACCAAUUUUCUCCAUUUCCGGGCGACGAGCGCUCUCGGCUUUCGACUUUCUCUCCGAUGCCCAGCCGGCGUGGCGGACACCGCCUGUAG